AAUGUAUAUUACGUCGUAAAAUACAUAUAAAGAAACCUCUAAAACAACAUGAGCAAAAAAAACUGAGCUGAUUGGUCCAGAGAGAAGAGGGGAGGAGUUUACAAUAUGACAUCAAACUGAGGUAGUAUAAAUAGGAUCCAGGGCCACAUUCUGCUGCGAGCAAAGGGAUGACUGAGACUACUAACGACAACUUGCUGCUCAUGGAAGUGUAGCUCCAAGUGCACAUUGAGGACAACAUUUCCAACUCUCCACACCACUUUACCAAUAUGCCAAUGACCAGUGCAACUGUCCUGCCAGUGGUUGACCUCAGGUCAGUGGCUCAGUCGGCUGGACUCGUUGAGCUUGCAGUCAGGCUGUGCUUGAACCAGCGUAAACAACUGUGUCCUCAUGUUUGGGUUCCCAUCCUGAAGCCUCAGCGCCCCUGCAUCCGUCCUCCAGUUUCAGAUCAGUUGUCCUCUGACAUUUUUAACCAGGCCUUACUGACCCACCUUCUCCCACCUUUUCUGGACGACUUGGAUGAUGAUGAUGUUUUUCUCCCAAUCAAGAACAAACGUGUGGUUUUCGCUGACUCGCAGGGAUUGUCCCUCACAGCCGUACGGGAGUUUUCUGAUGAAGAGGAGCACGCUGACCUCAACCUCCUGCCGUCGCUGCAGGAUUUGGGAAGCAUGACAGAGGAUGGCUACAGCUGCACUGUCAGCACCUGCUGCCCAGGAACACGCCUCAAGCUGGGCUUCCCGCAGCCCUCGGCAGAUUUUCAGGCCUUUCGAGCCAAGCUGGCAGAGUGCAUGAUAAUCCUGGAGAACUGCAGUGUGACUGAACAAGCCAUACAAGGAACCGUCAGAGUCAGGAACAUCAGCUUCCAGAAGGACGUUAGUGUUCGUAUCACCUUCGACUCCUGGCAGAGUUACAGAGAUGUGCCCUGCUCUUAUCUACAGAAACGCUUUGGAGGACCUCAGACAGACAUCUUUGAAUUUCAUAUUACCGUUCCUAAAGUGCUGGAUGCUAAAAGGAAGAUAGAGUUCUGCUUAAGGUAUUUUCCAGGAGGGCAGAGCGAGCCUUUCUGGGACAACAACAACGGACAGAAUUAUAGCAUUGCUGUGUGCGUGAGCUCCCAUCUCUGUCGCGGCACAAAUCUAUAUGAAAGGGCAUAACUCAGAUUGAAGUGUUUUGUCAUAAAGAACACAUCAGUCCUGGGUACAGAUAAGGUUAAAUUCGUCUAUGUAUUUUAUGUUGUUUUCACUCUGAAUUGGUACUUCCUGUUUGUAUAAAAUGUUUUUAAAACUG